UCAGUCAGCAACACUCGGGUGUGCGCAGGACGAUAUGCCACAGUCGCAGCAAAGUAUCUGGACCAUGCUCACUCUGGACUAACAGCGGGGGGAUAUUUGGGAAGAAAGGAUCUUAUCUUAUCUGUUGGCGGUGUCACUCCGGGAGCAGUUUGGAGAGUUUGGGUUUUGGGAAGCGAUCAGCAGGCAGCCUGCGACGUGGAUGUGAGUGCAUCGUCCUGGAACCCUCAGAGAUGAUUGUGGUGGACUAUAUGGAUGAAAAUGAGGAGUACUUUCAGCGACAAGCCUCGCACAGACAGUCCCGUCGGCGCUUCCGGAAGAUCAACCAGAAAGGGGAGCGGCAGACGAUCAUCGACACCGUGGAUCCGUAUCCCACCGGAAAGCCGCCCAUAGCCCGGGGGUAUCACACGCUCCCCGCAGACUUCAGCAGACUUCACCUGGCCGACGGCUUGCACCCACAGGUGACCCGCGUGUCCUCCAGCCACUCAGGAUGUAGUAUCACCAGCGACUCUGGAAGCAGCAGCCUGUCAGACAUUUAUCAGGCCACAGAAAACGAGCAAGGCGACAUGGACCUCAGCGGCCUGCCGGAGACCGCUGUGGACUCCGAGGAAGACGACGAUGAGGAGGACAUCGAGCGAGCGUCGGACCCCCUCAUGAGCAGGGACAUCGUGCGGGACUGUCUGGAGAAAGACCCCAUGGACAGAACUGACGAUGACAUAGAGCAAUUACUGGAGUUCAUGCAUCAGCUGCCAGCGUUCGCCAACAUGACGAUGUCAGUGAGGAGGGAGCUGUGCGCCGUCAUGGUGUUUGCUGUGGUGGAGCGCGCCGGCACCAUCGUUCUCAAUGACGGAGAGGAGCUGGACUCGUGGUCGGUGAUCCUGAACGGCUCGGUGGAGGUGACGUACCCCGAGGGCCGCACAGAGAUCCUGUGCAUGGGGAACAGCUUCGGGGUGUCACCCACCAUGGAGAAGGAGUACAUGAAGGGCGUGAUGAAGACCAAGGUGGACGACUGCCAGUUUGUGUGCAUAGCCCAGCAGGACUACUGCUGCAUCCUCAACCAGGUGGAGAAGAACAUGCAGAAGGUGGAGGAGGAAGGGGAGAUCGUCAUGGUGAAGGAGCACCGCGAGCUGGACCGAACCGGCACCAGGAAAGGACACAUCGUCAUCAAGGGCACAUCGGAGCGUCUCACCAUGCACCUGGUGGAGGAACACUCAGUAGUGGACCCCACCUACAUCGAGGACUUCCUGUUGACCUACAGGACCUUCCUCUCCAGCCCCAUGGUCGUGGGCAGGAAGCUCCUGGAGUGGUUCCACGACCCCAGCCUCAGGGACAAGGUUACACGGGUAGUCUUGCUGUGGGUAAACAAUCACUUCAAUGACUUUGAGGGUGACCUUGCCAUGACUCAAUUUCUGGAAGAGUUUGAAAACAAUCUGGAGAAAGAAAAAAUGUGUGGGCACCUCAGACUGUUAAACAUAGCGUGUGCUGCUAAAGCCAAGCCGCGGCUGGUGACGCUGACCAAGCCGUCCAGGGACUCUCCGCUGGCCUUCACCCUCCUCGGAGGUCAGGAGAAAGGGUUCCGCGUCUUCAUCGAUGCCGUGGAGCCCGGGAGCAAGGCAGCAGAAGUUGGCCUUAAGCGUGGAGAUCAGAUCUUGGAGGUGAACGGGCAGAACUUCGAGAACGUGCAGCUCAACAAAGCCAACGAGAUUCUGAAGAACAACACCCACUUGUCCAUAACUGUGAAAACAAACCUUUUAGUUUUUAAAGAUCUGCUCACCAGGCCAGAACACGACCAUGAUCUGGACGGUGAGGAGGAACACGAGAGAAAGAACGGAGCGCCCCACCUCCCGAAGAUCGGAGACAUCAAGAAGGCGAGCCGCUACUCCAUCCCCGACCUGGCGGUGGACGUGGAGCAGGUGAUGGGCCUGGAGAAGGUCAGCAAGAAGGCCAAGUCCAACUCUGUGGGAGGACGCAACAAGCUGAAGAAGAUCUUCGACAAAACACUCACCAGCAUCCUGCCGCCUAAACCAUACAAUGACGUUUGCGUUGGCCAAUCGCAGGACGACAGUAUCGUGGGGAUGAAGCAGUCCAAACAGAUCGCACUGCCAGCUCUGCCCGUCAGCGGAAACCUCUCGUCGUCAAACCCCGACCUGCUGCAGUCCCACCACCGCAUCCUCGACUUCAACAACCAGCCUGAUAUGUCGGACCAGGUGUUGCGAGUCUUCAAGGCGGACCAGCAGUCCCGGUACAUCAUGAUCGGGAAGGACACCACGGCGAAGGAGGUGGUGGCUCAGGCCAUCAGGGAGUUUGCUCUGACAGCAGCCCCUGAAGCGUACUCGCUGUGUGAAGUGUCCGUCACUCCGGAGGGCGUCAUCAAACAGAGGAGGCUACCUGACCAGCUCUCCAAACUGGCCGACAGGAUUCAACUGAGCGGCAGUGGUCUGAACCUGGCUCCAGUCUCCAGGCUGAGAGGAACGUGGGAGAAGCUGCCCAGUAAGUACGAGAAGCUGUUCAGCGACCUGCAGGACCUCUUCGACCCCUCCAGGAACAUGGCCAAGUACAGGAACGUGCUGAACAAUCAGAACCUGCAGCCGCCAAUCAUCCCCCUGUUCCCCGUCAUCAAGAAGGACCUCACCUUCCUGCACGAAGGCAACGACUCCAAAGUGGACGGCCUGGUGAACUUUGAGAAGCUGAGGAUGAUCGCCAAAGAAAUUCGCCAUGUGGGUCGCAUGGCCUCCGUCAACAUGGACCCAGCCCUCAUGUUCCGCACAAGGAAGAAGAAAUGGAGGAGUUUAGGGUCUCUAAGCCAGGGUAGUGCCAAUGCGGCGGUGCUGGACGUCACGCAGACCGGCGGGCACAAGAAGAGGGUGAGACGCAGCUCCUUCCUGAACGCCAAAAAGCUUUACGAGGACGCGCAGAUGGCCAGGAAGGUCAAACAGUAUCUGUCCAACCUCAGCCUGGAGACCAACGAGGAGAGUCUGCAGACGCUCUCCAUGCAGUGCGAGCCCUCCAUCAGCACACUGCCCAAGAACGCCGGUGGGAAACGACCAGAUACUUCCCCGGUGGUGUGCCGAGCGGCCAGCCAACAGAGGGGCCAGCUGGCCAAGGGGGGCCAGGCCCUGCAGGUCCCCGCCGUGGCCCUCUACCCAUCCCGGAAGAAAGUGCCAGUCAAGGAUCUGCCGCCUUUUGGCACCAGCUCCCCUCAGUCUCUGAAGAAGAUCCUGUCUCUGUCGGAGGAGGGGAACGAAAGGCACCGGAGGCAGCCAGAGGACACCGUGUCCAACGCCUCCUCCCAGCUCUCCUCCCCUCCCACCUCCCCACAAAGCUCACCCAAGAAGGGUUACAACGCCUACUCGGACUCCGGUCACAGUGAGAUCUCCUCUCGCUCCAGCCUCGUCAGUAACUCCUCCUUCGACAUGACGCAGGACGAGAGGAGGCUCCGUCACUCUGGAGUCGGGGAAUCCAACAUCGUGGGACAGCGGCUGGAACGAAGGGCGACAACCGACUCUGACCAGUACAGCCUCGGGUCAUAUUCAUCGAUGCAGGACUGUCGGGGCAUUUACUCCGGCUGCCCCACGGUGCUCUCCUCCCCCAGCUCAGAGGAGCUGACCCAGGAUCAGGGCGAUCGAGUCUCCCUGGACGCUGCAGACAGCGGGCGAGGCUCCUGGACGUCCUGCUCCUCGGGUUCCCACGACAACAUCCAGACCAUGCAGCAGGGCCGCAGCUGGGAGACUCUGGCCUUCGGUGGGGGCGGAGGAGGGGGGCUGCCUCCUGGAGGUCCGGAGGCCCUGUUAGGGGGGCACGCUGCUCUGUGGGCCGCCCAGGCCAGGGGCAGCUGGGCUUCAGCUAGCUCCUCCUCCUCCUCAGCUGCGUACUGGGGGGAGGACUCUGAGGGAGACACCGGCACCAUCAAGAGGAGGGGGGGGAAGGACGUGAACGCCGACGCAGAGACGAGCAGCAUCACCUCCACCGGCUCAGAGGAGGCCAAGCACCUGGGCCGGCCCUCCCCCUCACCCAUCACCACCGGGGGGAAGGGACUGCUGACACGGAAAGAGAGUCGUUACCGCGAGCCCCCCCCGACCCCCCCCGGCUACACGGCCCUCACCAUCUCUGACCUGGCUGACGGGCAGCACCCCCCGCCAGCUGUCCCCGCGUCCACGGCUCCGCACACAGGCCGCCGGCCCCCGGACUACUCCACUGCUCUGCAGCGCUCGCGCAUGGUCACCCAGUCGCCCGACUCCCACCAGGCCCAGCAGGGGGCCAAGCAGCGGGCGGGGGGCCUCCACCGCACACGCUCACCGGCCGAGGAGCAAGAGGCUCAGGAGGAAGAGGAGGAGGAUGAACAGGUGUCAGCGGUCUAAGGGGCCAGCGGACGUCCUUCUGCAGUAAACCGAAGUCCCCCUGGUUUUGGGGUGGGGGGGCAGGAUUUAAGAGACUGACAGACCAAUGGACUAUUCAUCAUCAGUUACGUACGUGCCUGCCUCCUCCACUCGGCUCUCCCUCCUGAUUGGUGGAUUCCUCCGCUCGUCUCCCUCCCCUGCCUUAAAGCAUCAUCGGGGGUUGACUGACCCUGCAUGCAAAAAAUACUGUGAAGAAGAGAAGGAGAGAAAAAGACGAGGACAAAACGCCUGGCACUUUGGAUAAAAAGACUACAGAAAUAAAACUGGUGCUGGGAGGAGGGGUCGACCUGGCCCCACACCCACACAUAAACACACACACACACACACACACACACACAGAGAGAUGUUGCUGUGGGAGAGACACAAACACAACACAACAGCAUCAUGACGUGUCGAACUUCCUCUGCACUUUGUCAUUUUCUACUUUCGGAGAAACAGAACAAAUAAAAACAAAGCAGACUUGAGGAAACACCUUCCCGUUAGAUUUCAUUUCUUUUUUUUGUGUUAUUUCCUCGGACUGAUUGCACUCUUGGCGGCCGAAAACAAUUGAAACUGAGUUGGCCCAGGACUGAAACAACCCAUCUUACGAGUGUCUUGAACUCUGCAUCCAGUAUUAUCACAUGUGAACGCUUAUCAAGUGUUGGUUUUUAAAUCAAAGCUGGGAGGAGAGCCUGAUAAAGAAGAGCCAACAUGCACAGUGUACUGACAAACACACACACAUACACACAUUUUUAAAAACAGCACUUUCAGCACAAUCCUAGAUGUUACCAGACAUUUGGCCCGAGUGAAUCAUAUCUGCCGAGCUCCUUUUGGUCAUAUCAAAGUCUUUUUCCCUCAUCCUGUUGCUUGCUCCAGAGUAUAAUGUUUUCUGUGGGUGAUAUCAAAAAGCACAGAGGACAUUGAACCCCCCACGGAAAGCUGAGCGGACAUGUUGGACUCCAUCAGAGGAGAGAAGGAUGAUUUAACCCUGGAGGUUUUGCCCUAAUGAAAUGGAGCCUGGAAGAAAGUGAAUCCAAGCUGUGAGCAGGUAGCGAGCGCUCUCUGACUUUAAGAAAAGUUGCCUCUCCUUCCUUUAUUUUGGCUUUAAGGGAUCACACAUCAGCAUAUUUCAGAAGCUGCCAACGUGUACAAUUGUGAGUGUACCUCUUAACUAUCUACCUUGUUACAGAUGAUCUUGUACAGAGUCUUAUAACAAACCCUUUGAGAAAAAGAUAUCCACAAAUUAGGCUUUUUUUUUCUUUCUCCCUUCUCCCUGAACAUAAUGCCACAUUUUGUGAAUGUCCAAAGCGCCUUACGAUGCCAUGAUUGCAUACAUUUCUUUGCAUGGUCGUUCCCGUCACAAAUCACCUUGUUUCAGGAGAAGUCUUGAAUCAAGCAAUAGUGGAGUGAAAUGCCUUAUUCAAGAGACAACCCAAUUCAAGAGACUUUUUGCGAAGACUCAGUACAAGAUGAAGCCAAGCAUUUUGUUUGUGUUCUGUUCUCCGCGUGGCUUCAGACUGAGGACACCUCUCCCUCUGCGGUCCCUUCAGAAACUCAUCCUCAGAAUCUCCUCUCCGUUACAUCGGCUCAGUGGACGCCGUAUGUAAGUCACAUUUCCUGCAUCCAGUUUUCCACUAUUGGAAGUGACUGAUUUUUUUUUUUAAUUGUUUUGACUCCGGUGAGGAAGUUGACAUAUGAAGAAAACUUUUUUUUUUCAAGGCUGCCAAUCAGAACGAUCGUGAAUCCAGUUGUGAAAAGUACCGUUGUGUUUUUCUUCCACACUGAGUCGCGCUGAUCACAUUGAUCAGUCUCGGAAACUACAGACUGAGAAAAAGAUGAAUGAGUGUUUCCCCACUGUGGUCUGUGACUAUACACUAAUGAUUUCCUGGGUUUCCCUUUUUUGUUAUCGUAAUUCUUUUUGUAAUGGCUGCAGAUAGAUUGUUAAUAAUUUGUUUGUAAUACGGUGGUGACAUGCAUCAUUCACUUUCAUCGAACUCUGAAGAUAAUGUGCAUAUUAGCGGGGCCGAGGCCUGUUUCUAAAAACAAAAAAGUUGCACAAAAAUGUACAAGCGUAAAGAUAAGUGUAGUAGGUAGAACUGCUACUCCGUUUGGUGUGUGAUGUCAGUGAGAAAUGUACAUUUAGCUGGUGAUGACCUUCUUUUCUUCAUUCUUUCUUGUACUACUUUGACCUGUAUGUCUUUUAAAAAGACAAUUGGUGGAGUACGUAUCAGUUGUUUUUGUAUUUUUAAUACAAUAAUUGUAAAUAUUGGUUAUAUUUUUGUUCAAAUGUACUAUGUUUAUGCCUCAACAUCCAGUUUAUAUGAAGCUGGGAAUCAAUAAAUACUGCAUAAAGAAUCAACACAUAGGUUUAAAUGCACUUAUUCAUUUCUUCUGCAUUUCGAUGUCUUUCUUUUUCCAUUUCCUUUCUUUUCCUUCAGAGGAUUUCUCCCCGGAUACCGUCUAGUGUUUGCACAAGUCAUGGAAGCAACUUGAAAAGUGUAACUCUCAUACUUUUCUAUCUGACCGCAGUGUGUCAGAAUUAAUAAAAAAGAGAUAUUGAA